AUGGAGAAUCUAUGCCAGGUCACGGCCCCAGCCUGUGGCUUUUUUGAGGCUGGGGCUCGGGAAUUCACCUCCGAAUCCCCGGCGCUUGACUGCUUUGGUGAACUGCUGGGAGAUACUCCUCAACCCCAGCUACAACUACUUGCUGAACAACAACACAACGCGCAACCGGCGAAGCCCUCCUCUCGGGCUUUCCUGUCAGCACCGAGGGCUCUUCCUCAGAUACCAACUCUUUCUAAAAGCGAAGAUUCUGUCCCAUCCGACACCAUCGCUGCGUCUACUCCUCCCUGUGCUCCUAAAGCACCGUUUGUGCGUGGGCACCGUCGCCGCUCCACCCACGUAUCCCACCGUGACCUUGAGAAGUUCAGAAAGGAGGUCCUGGGUGUUGAACCCACCGGAUUUGGGCUCGACGACGAAGCCGCGCUCAGACCAAACACCAAGGAAUUCGAGUCCCAAUUGGAGGAUUUGAACCGUGCUUUUGACACCGCCACCAUGUCUCUGAACAACAGCGGAAGUAACGCUGGAUCCGCAGGCAUGUUCUCGAAUUACACAGACAACUCGGCUGCCGGACCCUCCAACAUGCCUGGUGUUCCCCGCCAGCCUAUUCCCUCCCCGAUUGCUACUCCACCUCCUCAAGUCAAUGGUGCUGGUAUGGCUGGGAUGAAUGGUGGAGUACCGAUGAAUGCUGGACACCAGAUGGAUUUGCGUCACCUUUUCGACAUGGUGCUUGAGUUGAGCGAGGUGCUGAAAAACAACCGUGAGAUGACCAAAAGUAUAGUUUCCAGCGCGGAGGAGAUCAUGAAGCGUUCUUCUUCCGAGGGAACCAGUCCAAGCAUUCAGCAGGUAAAUGGAGAAAUUACUAGUGCUCGCAUCGCUGAACUCGAGCGCGCCCUUGCCAAGGAGAAACGCUCAGUGGAGAUCCUCAGAAACGAACAGGUCGAGAAUACCAAGCUGAUCGGUGAAUACGAGGCGGCGGUUGGGACCAUGGUGGAGCAGAUCCGCAACUACUGUCACAACAAUAAAAUGAACUAUCUGUCUCAGAAGCGCCAUUACAACAACCUGCUUCAGGCAGAGCGCGAUUCCCAUUUGGAAAGCCGCCUUGACCGUGAUCAUUGGCAUGCGCAGACGAUGAAGUGUGCUGAGAUGAUUCGCACCGCUUACCGUCUCCGCUGCGAGGAAGAAGAGCUGCCUACCCGUAUCGUCGCAGGGCUACAGAACGAGGUUCGCGCCUACCGCAACGCCCUCGGCAUGGAACCUGAGAAGCCAGAGGAGGAAUACGGAUGGGAGAUUUUGAAACAUGUGCCGGGAGGCUCUGAGUGAAGAGCUACCCCGGCGAUGUUUUACGAGCUACGAUGAUCUUUCGAUGCAUAAUUUCUACAUUGUGCGGGCCCGGCGUUUUGGGUACUCUUUUGCUGUUUUUUUAGCACUCGGAUUUUGCUGGUGAAGGAUACCCAUCUUUGCAUGACAUGUGUGUACUCUAGUCUCUCUUGCAUUACUGGCUGAGCGGCCCGAUUGCCGACGUGAUUGUCUGGUUGACUCUCGAUGUGCCGGUCAUACUGGGCUUCCAAGUCCAAACAUUCUGUCUGGACAGGACCUUGCUGGCUAAGUUAGUUUGACCUGGCAGUCUCCUGCACUAGCAGUCAAAACGACCAGUCAUCGAACAUUUGCAACACCUUUAUAGAAAAAAACACUGCUUUGUACAUGAAUCAUGAUCCACACUCUCAAUCCGUAUAGAACACUUCCUCGAGCACCUUCCACCACCCCGGUCCCUCUGCGCUACCCACUGCCCCAGGGACAGGGCUCUCCUG